AUGCCAGAGGACCCCUUGUUCAAUGAUUGGAAGCUCUUCCAUGCCAAAUUUGAAGGAGCCUUCAGUGAUCCAGACCAAAGUGGUACUGCUCAUGCAAAACUGGAGCAGCUCUCCCAAGGAAACAAGACAGCCAAUGAGUACAUUGCCAUGUUCAGGGAGUUGGCUGAGUACAUGAACUACAAUGAUGUUGCACACAUCAGGAAGUUUGAGCAAGGCCUCAACCGUGAUCUUGUUGACAAGAUCUACUCUCUCACCAAAAUGCCUGAAGACUUGGAAGAAUGGUAUUGCUAUGCCUCUCACUUUCACCAUCAGCAAAGGAAGCUCAAGGCAAGUGCACCUUUCAAGCAUACUCCAGAGAAUUGCACAUUCUCUUGA